AUCCACUCCUCGUUGACAGCCCGCUCCCAUUGGCUCGUCUCUGCUGGUCCCGCUCCACGACACCCGUCGAUUGGCCACCUGCCGCCGUUGUGUACCAGCCGUCACAGUCCAUUACCGUUACCAUUACCAUUAAUUAAUUACGAUGCCCAGGAGGCCUGCGGGAACGGCAGGCGCCGUCAUGGAGAGAGUCAAGAAUAGCACCACCAGCACCAACAGGCCCCCUCCUCCUCCCCUGCCCGUCUUCUCCACGUCCGCCUCUUAUAGCUCGUCACUCUCGUCAGCUUCCAACUAUCCGUCUUCCUGCGCUUCCAUCUCGCCUCCCCGCGACUCAGACUACUAUAUUUCUACCGUAUCACCUCGCCCACAGCGAUCCCAAUCCAACGACCAUCACUCUGCUCGCGACCAUCUUGCUAGCCUCAUUAGAAAACACGGCCCCCCAACCCCAGUCUCCUCCACAUCCUCUUUACGAAAGUUAACGUCAACCUCUCCCACCAAUCCAUCAUUCUUUCCGUCGUCGUGUGUAGACACCCCUCCCGCGUCUCCCGCUUCACUUGAGGCGCCUUACGUGUCUACCUCCGGAUCUCAACCGAUUCCCAUUCCUCGUGCCAAUCCAAAUCGCUCUUUGGAGGAUCUCCCGCUGACGCCUCUGACUGGCCGUUUCGACCACGGUCUGUACCUUUCGGAACGUCCAUCCAAGAACCCCCAACUAGUUUCACCUCGUCACUCGAGAGACGAGAAAUCGACUCGAAAGAAGAAAACUCGACCGACUGCGUCCUCGACGUCGUUGUCGUCACCCGUCCCUACUUCUCGCAGUCACCAUACUAGGAGGAUGCCACAUGCUCAAGGGUCUUCAUUGACCAUGUCAUCACAGCCAGGCCAGGUCUCUCCAAAACAGGGUCCCAAGGACGCACCCAUGUACUUGGGUAACCUGCCCCGUUUCCAUCCGGCUGUAUACCAGUCUCCGAACAGCCCUUCCAACCCACAAUUGUCACCCUCAGCGGCCAACCAGCAGCGGUCGUUUGGAUAUCGUGUUUCAUCUGGUGCUUCGCGGGAUGCCCUUCGACAGUAUCGGGAACUAGUUGCCGCUAGUGUUUCGUUGCCUCGUAAUUCCAUGUCUGGAAACAGCGAGAUUUCGGCUCCUCGGCUCGAUCCUCUCGGGAGUCCUGGACCGGUGACUCCAUUGGCUCUCGAAGAGGCAGACAGCUAUAUAGCCGCUAGAUCAGGCGCGCCAGAGGACAAGCAAUCCAAACGUCAGUCGGAAAUGGUUGCUGAACGAGAGCGAGUGGUUCUCGUCCGCGGAAAAGAUGGCAAGGGCCGCUGAUCGAUUUACGAACAGCUGGCUCCAUUUGGGCCUAUCACAUACCGGCGUUGACUCCACUUUUGGCCUGUUUACAUACACCUUGGCGUCCAUGGCGUGUUAUCAUUCUCUAAGAUUAUCGACUCUAUACCCCACAUGUCUUAUGCUAGACAUUGCAUAUCCUCCUUUGGCAUUCCUUUUCUCUUUCUUUUUCUACCUGCUAUGCUGUUAUUUCUAUCAUAAACUAUGUGCAUGAGACAUGAGCACUAUGGCGACUGCUCAUUUGUCUACGUCUGUUCUUAGCAUCUGGGGAAUACCAAUCCAGUUAGUACGUGACAAGAAUACAAUAUGUGGCGAAAUUCUUGAA